UAAUAUGUCACUAGAGAAAAAGUCGUGCAUUCGACCUCUAUUUAUUAAUUUACUCUUAAGUUGAUGGAAAGUAUUAUAAGAUGCAUCUGGUAUGGUGGAGGAGGAAGAAAUGGGGCUGAAGGUCAGGUGGGCAUUCCAAGCUCAGGUGGUCGAUCUGUACAUCCACCGUCGGCCGGCCGUCCACGCACCAGCAGCAGCAACAGCAGUGCAUGUCCGGCCAGCCCCUACAAGCUCUCGUCGAACACCCGACAAUCCCAACGUCGUACGUUGAAGGAAAGUUUCAUCCUUAUGGAGCACAAAAUCGAUCGGAUAUCUGAAUUGUCAGACCCUAUUCUAGAGCACAUUCUAUCCUUCAUUCCCACAAAACAAACCCUUCAACUUAGCAUAUUGUCCAAGAGAUGGCAAAGGGUGUGGGCUUUAUACCCCGUUCCAGACUUUGAGCAACUCCCCUUUGAUACAAAUUUGCGCAAGGUUCCACCCAACCAGAAAGAACAAGAAAUCCAGAGAAAAAAAGAAGAGUUUAUAAAUUUUGUGGAGAGAUCUUUACUUGCCCACUAUAGGCAAAGGCUAAAUCUAAACAAGUUAAGUCUUUCCAUCCUGUUCGAUGAAUCAGAUUAUGCUGUUGUGAACCGUUGGAUUGACUAUGCAAUUGAAUGCAAUGUAAAAGAGUUGAAUCUUGACAUAUUGAUCCGAAUCCAUCAAAAGUGGUAUGAGUUGCCUGAGAGGGUUCUUGUAGCAAAAUCAAUAACUGAGUUGAAUUUGGGCACGUGCAAGUUGAAGUCAAUUUCCGGUGAUAUUAACUUAUCAUCUUUGAAAAAGUUGGUUUUGUCUGUUGGAGUGGAGGAGAGCCAGCUUUUCCAAACUCUAAUUGAUAGUUGUCGCGAUAUAGAAGAGAUAACAUUUGAAUAUUGUUCUGGGUUAAAAAGUAUACGAGUGUCAGGUCUUCCUAAACUUAAGGCCAUUGCGCUAAUACAAAAUUAUGAACUUGAGAGUAUAGAGAUUGAAGCAUCCAAUCUUGAAUCUUUAGUUUUCGACCUUACGAGACUACCAUGCCAAAUAAACCUAGGCCCGUGCGAAAAUUUGAAGAAGUUAGUAUUAGAUUCAUGCGGCAUUACUGACAAUUGGUUGCACGAUGUUCUUUCUAAACAUCAACUCAUUGAGCACUUGGACUUAGCAGAUUGCUCUAUUUUGAAAAGAAUUAAGAUUUCAAGUCAUCGCAUGAAGAGUUUGACCUUUAUUAAUUGUGCCAAGCUAGUUGAAGUUGAUAUUGUUACUCCUAAUUUACAUAGACUCAAGUAUGAGGGUAAGGUUAUUUCCUUUUCUUUGAAUUCUUCAAGUCUAUCAGAAGUUAUUCUCUUCUUUUCGGAAGAGACUGCAUUGGAUGCUGAAAGGAUUGAAUUCCUUUCAAAGUUAAAUCAACCGAAAUUGUUGACUUGGACUCUUUUCGAAGACGAGGUAUUCUAG